UGCACAUAUGCUGAAGUCCUUUCCCAAGAGCGUUCAGAAUACUGCAAGAAAAGGUAUUGAAUGUGAGAGCCUAGGAUUAAAGAACAGCUAUGUAACAGAGGAGUGAGAGCUUUCAAUUGCUCGUUUUGAAAAAGAUGUUACUGAGAAAUCUCUUUUGGAAUUCUUCAUCUCUGUGUUCCUCAGUGUGUAGAUGAUGGAAUGUGGCACCGGGGGUGGCUGUUCAGAGACAACAUGGCUUUUUGACCACAAGUUUUUUGAACAGCAGUGCAGAGAAAGAUGCCAGGUGCAAAAUGGAUGCUCACCUCUGUGACCUGGGCUCCAUAUGUGAGAAAGGCUUUGUGCAUCCUCUCUAUGAUACGUGCCUUGAUUCUGGUCAAGGUGACAGCUUACAACACAAUCAGGGCAAUGAGUUGAGGACUGUUAGCAGACCAUUCUUGGACUCCACAAGCCAUUCAGCUGCAUGAAUAUCCAUACUGGCCAGUUUGAUCACCCGUGUGACAUCACAGUAAAAAUUGUCUGGGAAAUUUUAUCCAUGGGAUGACAAAUGAAUGACAGUUCUACCUGCACAUUAGAAUGAGCAGUGACCCUCCCACACUGCUGCAACCAGCUGGAGCUGUAAUUGCUGUGAUUGAAGAUGUUUGGGUACUGCAAAGAUAUAUGGAGAGCCACAUACCGAUUCAGAAGCAUCACUGUGAGGACAACAACCAUGGAACUGUGAGGACAACAACCAAGGUGUGUAAUUGAAUCCCCUCAAAGUCAGAGUUUGGGAGCUCAUUUGCAUAUCAGAGGCAUAAAUUAUCGGUUGCAGGGGACCUCUACAUUGCACCUGGUGUGCAGUAAGUACAGGAAGUGACUUACUGACAUUUCUGUGGGAAAAUCUUUCUCAUAAUCAGGAUAAAUGCCAAAACACACCUCCAUCCCAAUGGCUGCCCAACUCCAAGGGGCAACCACUGAGAGUGAUUAGAAAGAAUAUUACACCAGCUAGAAUCACAGAACCAUAGAAUGUUCUAUUCUCUAGUUCAACAUUGCUGGCCAGGCUCCUAAUGCAGUAACAAGCAGACAUUCAUACAAAGUUAACAUAUUUGCAGCAAAAUGGAAGAAAGAUGUUGAAGUAAAAAAAGUAAAAAGUCAUGUUACUUUCUCCUGCCUCAAAAGAAGCAAAAGAAUUGGGAUGAAUGAAAGGAUUUAGAUCAAUAGAAAGACUUUUAAAAUAAAUUUUACUUUCUAAAAAUGGUUUUCUUAAUGAGUGAUUAAUCAAAAUCCAGUUUAAUUCAAAAUGUAUGAAAAUGAAAUUAGUUGAUGUGCUCCGUGAGAAAUACUAAUUUGUUUUCUAUGGCUGUCAUAUUGUUGAUUCUUGGUUAAUUUUGUUGAGAUAUUUAAAUAAUUUAUUUUUUUUUCCUGUUUCCAGUGUUCUGAUGACUUCAUUGGAAAAUUAGACACUGCUAUGGGAUUUCUUUGGGGAAAAAUCAAAGUCUGCAUAUGAUCUAGGCACAUUUAUGUCCCUCAGAAGACAACUGGAGAAAGCAAGUUAUUUCUGAAUAUACUUCAACUGAUGCACUCCAGAGAAAAUCUGGGAUGAAAUUAGCCAUUCCUUGGGAUGUCUAUACUGACAUUAACUACAUUAACUACAAGGAUUUUAAAUUGUUCAAUUGAAAUCUUCCUUCAGAUGUGACUGGUCUGUAAUUAGUUUCCUUUUAUAAUCAGUGGAUGUGAUUUUAGGUUUUUAGCAACUUUAGACUGCAAUUCAUCUAGCUUUGUUUGGCUGUCUGCAUUAGAAGGAAAUGCACUGUACCUUGGAAGGGUCUACUUUGCUCAUUUGGAGAGGCUGUACGUUUCACUAUUUCAGAACAAGAUAGUUACACUGUAAACCACAAAGAUUAGCCUACUACAGGAGACUGGACUGAUUCUUUACAACUUAAAUUUAAUCCAGGUGCCAGUUGUUAGGGAGAACAUCUGACGACAUGUUUACUUUCUGUUCAAAAUUCCAGUAUAAUUCUCAAGUCAGUGGGAAUCUAAAUGACUAGUUUUCAAGAAAUUCACUAUGAAGAGAUCCAUAAAACCAGCUAAUGGUCACAGGAUGUGCAUUUCAGUAGCCUAAGCAUAGCCCAAGUUGCUUAAAUACUGCAACAUAUUGGCAUUAGUGUGUUUAUUGCUGUCUGCUUCUCAGGGCUUGCAAGAGUCAAAACGGAGCAUGAAAAGUAUAUGGUAGUUAGAGAGUUUAUUCAGCUAGGAUUGUCUCAAUCCCACAAAGUCCAGUCAAACCUCUUCUUCUUCCUGCUGUUCUACAUGAUAAUUCUCCCACGCAACAUCCUUAUCAUUCUCACAAUUCAGGAUUCAGCUGGAUCACCCAUGCAUUUUUUCCCGGCUAAUCUGGCAUUCAGGGACAUCUGCUACUGUUCUGUGACCCCACCCAAAAUGCUGGCUGACUUUUCCUCAAAUCCCAAGACCAUCUCCUACAAUGCCUGCAUGACCCUGCUUUUGUUUCUUGACUUCCUGGGAGCAGCAGAAGCUUUCCUGCUCUUGGCCAUGGCCCAUGACCGUUACGUUGCUGUUUGCAAACCUCUUUGCUACACCAGGCUUGUGAACAGAACUGCAUGCUGUGCCCUGGUUGGAGCUUCGUGGGGUGGUGGCUUCGUUCAUGGCAUCAUUCUGUUUGCUCUCACCAUCAAACUCCCCUUCUGUGGACCCAACGUCCUGGAUCUUUGUGAUGUGUGUCAGCUGGCUAACUUGGCCUGUGCUAACACGGUGGAACUUCUGAUGUUCCUCAACAAUGAAGUUGUCAUUGUCAUGUGCUUUGCACUUCUCCUCGUCUCCUACACAGUCCUCUUGCUGAAGCUCCAGACAGUCCAAAAAAGGAACAAAAUAACCUCCACCUGCAUUUCCCACAUCAUCAUAGUUUUUGUCAUGUUUGGCCCACCUGUCUGUAUCUAUGUCCCACCCUUUGAGGCUGUCCUAAUGGAAAAGGUUGUUGCUCUUUUCCAUACGGUUGUCUUCCCCUUGACUAAUCCUAUGAUCUACACACUGUGUAACAAGGAGAUCAAAAGCUCCGUGUGGAAGUUGGUCAGCAAAUACAUACUAAAAUAAAAUAUAUAUUUUGAAAUAAAUAAAUGAAA